GUCUGGUUAAAGAAGGGGGCCACCCCCAGCUGUGAGAGAGACGCAGUUCGGACGAGAAGAUAUAACCCUAGAAGAAAAGAAAAAGAAGAAAGGAAAAAGAGAACUCUCUCUCUCUCUCUCUCUCUCUCUCUCUCUCUCUCUGUGUCUGUGUACGCCUUUCGGGCUCGUCUUGUUAAUCUUGAUCUGGGGUUCACGGUAUUGCUUCCCUUGCUUUUCACGAAUUUGGGUUCGUCUGGGGUCUGACCCGAGAAAGAGAGGAAGGAGAAGAAGAGGGAAGCCACAAUAACAACAAACAUAGUAAUUAAGGGGAGAGAGAGAGAGGGUUUUCAUACUGUGUUCAAUUCAUGAAUAGGGUAUAGAGGGUGGUCUUGGGAGGAGGAAUAGGUGUGUUUGAAGGUGAACGAGAAAAGGGGAAUUCCUUCUUUUUUUUUGUGUUUUUGGGGAACUCGAUUAUAAUGGGUAGGGGAAGAGUGGAGCUGAAGAGGAUAGAGAACAAGAUAAACAGGCAGGUGACCUUCGCUAAGAGGAGGAAUGGGCUGCUCAAGAAGGCCUAUGAGCUCUCUGUCCUCUGCGAUGCUGAGGUCGCCCUCAUUAUCUUCUCCACCCGCGGCAAGCUCUAUGAGUUCUGCAGCAGCCCUAGCAUGCUCAAAACGCUCGACCGUUACCAAAAGUGCAGCUAUGGAUCCGUUGAAGUUAACAAACCCUCCAAAGAACUAGAGAAUGCCUACCGGGAGUACUUGAAGCUGAAAGGGAGAUUCGAGGCCUUACAACGGACCCAGAGAAACCUUAUGGGGGAAGAUUUGGGGCCCUUGAACUCGAAGGAGCUCGAGCAGCUCGAACGUCAACUUGAGGCAUCAUUGAAGCAUAUUAGGUCAACUAAGACUCAGUGCAUGCUCGAUCAGCUUUCCGAUCUCCAGGACAAGGAACAAUCGUUGAUGGAAGCAAACAGAGCGUUGACCCUCAAGCUGGAUGAAGUUUGUGCAAGAAAUAAUCUUCGACCACCAUGGGAGGCUGGUGAUCCAAGCAUGACCUAUGGCCAACCCCACCCGCAAUCUCAGGAAUUUUUCCAGCCUCUUGAAUGCAACCCCACCCUCCAAAUCGGGUAUGAUGCCGGAGGAUCUGAUCAAUUGAACACUAGUGCAGCCACUCCAAAUGCUCCUCAACAAGCCAGUGGGUUCCUUCCUGGUUGGAUGCUCUAAGCCUCCUGCAACAGCAAUAACUACUCCGCACCAGUCCAAUCCAAAUUACACAAGCGAAAGACUCUUCCGAAUGGUGUGCUCCUUUUCUUCUGAACUUUUCAUAAUAACAAGCUGAUUAGCCUCGAUCGAUGUGACUAUGCAUGUUCAGCAUAAAGCAGCUACGAAACUUGUUUAACUUCAGACACCAGGUGGGGGUGUGAUGUGGAACUUGAAUCCCCAAAAUCUAUUCUCAUUCCGAAUCAUAGCGUCCCAGGUCUUAUAUUUUUUUUUUCUUGUUGGGGGCCAAGAACUCUGAUGUAAUGGUUUCGAAUAAAUAACCGAGAUGCUGUGUCUUUGAUUUGCCCGUUCGAA